GACCAGUGAAUGUACCGUGUUCGAAGAUGUGGAGGAGUCUGCGGAAUGAAAACCGAAGACCGGAACAACAACGCCCCCUGUAUUCGAAUCGCCGUCCUCGGAGAUGUCGGUGUGGGAAAGUCCGCUUUGACGGUGCGAUUUUUGACGAGGCGGUUCAUCGGCGAGUAUCGCUCGGAUACUGACCUCCUCUACCGUCAGAGCAUCGUGAUUAACAACAUCCUGUUUGAUGUGGAAGUAGUGGACAUUACGGGAGAAACGAGGGACAGACGCCUGCCUGUGGAGCAGGUGGAAUGGUCGGACGCGUGCGUGCUCGUCUACUCCAUCACGGACCGGCGCUCCUUCAACUACAGCCAGCAGGUGCUCCAGCAGCUGACUCAGGCUGCCAGGCCCACAGCCCUGCUCGCCAACAAGGCCGACCUUGAGCACCUCAGGCAGGUGCAGCAGGAGGAGGGGCGGCGGGCGGCGGCGCGCGCGGGCUGCGCCUUCUACGAGGUGUCGGUGGCGGAGGACAGCGGCGACCUGUACGCCGCCUUCGAGUCGCUGCUGCGCGAGAUCCGCCUGGCGCAGCCCAAGGCGGCGCGCAAGUUCUCCGUCUCCAAGAUGCUGGGCACGCUGAAGGCGGGCCGCGCCGCCAGCGCCGCCAACGUCAACAGCGUGAGCUGCGUGCCCGCCGGCGCCGGCGGCAGCGUCGUCCAAUAA